UACACUACAAAGUGCAGGCUUUACUGUUGCUCCGAUUCUUCUAUUUAAACAAAAAACUCUAAUUUCUACUCAAAAUAAACCCCUGAAACCUCCCAAGUUUAUCCAUGAUUAGUUCAGGAAUCUGUAGAAACUCACAGCGAGUGGUGUCUGUCCUAGUCAACCGAAAUAUCAGACGUCGAACAUUGGCCUUCACCCUGAAUAAUUUUUGUGCCAAGCCAUUUUCCUGUUCAAGCACCAUGUCUGCACUGCUCAUUGAAAAUCAGAAGUAUGCGUGGCUGAAGGAGCUGGGCUUGGAAGCUGAUAAUAAAGGCGUUUAUGCUGGUUCAUGGUCCGGGAGUGGAGAGGUGACGACAUCUAUUUGCCCAGCGAACAAUGAAGCCAUUGCAAGAGUAACACAGGGAAAUUUGUCUGACUAUGAAAAAGUUGUGGAGGAGGCAAGAAAGGGAUGGCAGGUCUGGGCUGAUGUUCCAGCUCCACAGCGGGGAGAGAUUGUCCGCCAGAUUGGUCAUGCCUUGAGGGAGAAGAUAAAUCUACUAGGCAAACUGCUCUCACUUGAGAUGGGGAAGAUCAUUCCAGAAGGGGUGGGCGAGGUCCAGGAAUACAUCGACAUAUGUGAUUAUGCUGUUGGCCUUUCAAGAAUGUUAGCUGGCAAAGUUCUUCCUUCUGAACGUCCCGGACAUAUGCUGUUGGAGCAGUGGAAUCCACUUGGCCCAAUCGGUGUGAUCACCGCUUUCAACUUCCCUGUUGCUGUCUACGGGUGGAAUAGUGCUAUCGCCAUGGUCUGUGGUAAUGGUGUAGUCUGGAAGGGUGCUCCAUCAACCCCCUUGACAAGUGUAGCCAUCACAAAGGUCGUUACAAAGGUGUUAGAAGAUAACAACAUGCCUGGUUCUGUGUGCUCGCUGGUUUGUGGUGGAGCAGAUGUGGGAACUGCUAUGGCCAAAGAUGAAAGACUGCCGCUGCUAUCGUUUACUGGUAGUACACCCGUUGGCAAAAAGGUGGCGCUGAUGGUGCAGGAGCGCUUUGGUAAACAUCUCUUAGAACUCGGCGGAAACAAUGCAAUUAUUGUAAAUGACGAUGCUGAUAUCAACAUGGUUGUCCAGUCAGCACUGUUUGCUUGUGUUGGGACAGCUGGCCAGAGGUGUACAACAACUCGAAGAUUGAUUCUGCAUGAGAACGUGCAUGAUGAAGUCGUGGAAAGGUUGAAGAAGGCUUACGCUCAAGUCAGGGUUGGUGAUCCCCUCGAUGCCGAUACUCUGUAUGGUCCAUUACAUUCCAAGGCGGCCAUCAACAAUUAUCUGAAUGCUCUUGAAGACGUCAAAAAGCAGGGUGGAACAGUUGUCUGCGGUGGAAAGGUUAUCGAUAGACCCGGGAACUUUGUUGAACCCACCAUUGUGACUGGGCUGAAACAUGAUGCUGCAGUCGUCCACACAGAAACGUUUGUUCCUAUUGUCUACGUUCUAAAAACAAAGAGUGUUGAUGAAGCCAUUGCCUGGAACAAUGAAGUCAAGCAAGGUCUUUCCAGUAGUAUCUUUACCAAGGAUAUUGGCCAAAUAUUCAAGUGGCUUGGACCCAAGGGCUCUGACUGUGGUAUUGUGAAUGUGAAUAUACCAACAAGUGGAGCGGAAAUCGGAGGGGCUUUCGGAGGUGAAAAGCACACAGGAGGAGGCCGUGAAUCUGGUAGUGAUGCAUGGAAACAGUACAUGAGGCGGUCCACAUGCACCAUCAACUACAGCAAAGACCUUCCUUUAGCUCAAGGAAUCAAAUUCGAGUAAUCUAAUUCGUUCUGUGCAGAAGUUUGCUGCCGUGAUUCAGUAACAAGAUAACAGUGUAGAAAAUGAAUUUGGAUUUCUAAACAUAACAUGUGUUAUUGAACGAAAUAGUGUUCCAUGUAGUGUGUAGUUUGGUGAAAGUGUAGUCUCUGAAGACAUAAAUCUACAAGUUAACUUGACUGUUGGAGCGUUUGCCGUAGCAAUGCAAUGUGCUGCUCGAGUAUUUGUUUUAUUUACCUGGCUUACCUUCCUGUUGGCUUCAACCUAUUUGAUCUGUCAUGGAUCUGAAUUGAUUCCAGUCAUGGUGAAAUGAUGCAGACGUGGAAGAGGACAGCUGGGGUCAAAAGAAAAUACGGCUUUGAAUGAUGGAGGGUCAUAUCCCUUGAUAGUAUAUUUUUAAGAGUUCUCCAUGUAAUCGAUUGAGGUAAAUCAUGUUUUGAGAAGCUUCAGUUGAAAAAGGUAUGCCAGAAAAGUAAUAAUGUUUAAAUAUCACCAUAUUGGAAGUCCACGUACUCAUUUAGGUUUGGCAAAUCACAAAUAUACUGUCGGUGUUCUUACCAAUCAUGAACAUGUAUGUGCUAUAAUAACUUUGUGUGUGUGAAUGAGUAAGAAAUAAAAUAUGGCAGCUAUUACAUUGUAGGAUGUCAAUUGGAAAUAUAUACAAA